AUGGCUUCCAGAAAGUCUCCAAGAAAAAGGGUACGAGAUCAAGAAGAAAGUGAUAACUCUUCGGUCCAGACAAUUAAGGUAGUUAGUGACGUACCUACUAAGCGGCCUAAACUUUCCCGUAAGACAAGCGACGAAUUGGCGUUUGCGGAAAAUGAACGAAAACUCGACGAACAACUUCCUGCUGAUCUUCGAAAAUUCAGGCCGACAGGCUUUAAGUUCAACUUGCCUCCAGAAGGACGCUCAAUUCGUAUUUAUGCAGACGGAGUCUUCGACUUGUUUCAUUUAGGUCACAUGAAACAAUUGGAACAAUGUAAGAAAGCUUUCCCCAAUGUUACCUUGGUUUGUGGAAUUCCUAAUGAUAAAGAAACACACAAACGUAAGGGAUUGACGGUCCUUACAGAUAAGCAACGCUAUGAGACUAUUAAACAUUGCCGUUGGGUGGAUGAGGUGAUUCCUGAUGCUCCUUGGGUAGUUGAUGUGGGUUUUCUUGAGAAACACAAAAUUGACUAUGUUGCACAUGAUGACCUUCCAUACGCCUCGUCUGGUUCCGAUGAUAUAUACAGACCUAUCAAGGAAAUCGGAAUGUUUUUAGUGACACAAAGGACAGAAGGUGUUUCUACCUCUGACAUAAUCACUAAAGUAAUUAGGGAUUACGACAAAUACCUGAUGCGAAACUUCGCACGGGGAGCAACUAGGAAAGAGUUAAACGUCAGUUGGUUGAAAAAAAAUGAAUUGGAUUUGAAGAAACAUAUCAACGAUUUUCGUAGCUAUUUUAAGAAAGCUAACAUCAAUCUCAAUGCUUCGUCCAAGGACCUAUACUUUGAGGUUAGGGAAUAUCUAAGAGGAAACAACAACUCCAAUGGGAACGAAAGUAGCCCCAACAAGUCUGAUUCCGACUCUAAUUCUGUGAAUAGUAGCACUGCAAGCACUAGUGGCACAAUGGAUGAUUUGAUGAAUAUAGUACAAUCUCGAUCUCCCGCAACAGACUUUGCUGCAAAAUAUAACAGCAAUGAAAAUCUGAAGAGAAAUCGAUCAUUCAUCAACAAUUUGAAAGACUACUGGAAAAGAAGAUCCGAAUCCGGUGAAGAGAACCAAAGUAACUGA